GCCGGUUCCAACCGUUAGGUGCCACUAGUGGCACCUUAUUUUUCAGAGAAUUUGCAAACAUAAGGCAUUGUAUCCUCAACUUAUUAAAAUUAAUACUUUCAAACGAUGGAUUCCCUCCAAGAAAUAUGUCAAUUUUUAAAUUUAGAUACCCGAAUAGAUCUAAAAGCAAUCGCCUUGAAACACGUGUUCAGUGAAACUGGAAGUGCUGAAGGACGAGCGCUGUUAUUAAAAUUACCAAAUUUAUUGACUCAACUAAUUGCAUUAACUCAAGAUUCUUCCACUGUAAUUUCUAAGGAUGCAGCACUAGCAUUAGUGAAUAUAACCGCAGAUGAAACUGGAGCAAAUGCAUUGCUCUUGAUUUCAGAAACACAUUUCCAAAAGGAAGAAUCGAAUUAUAAUUUAAUACACAUUUGUCUCAGGUUUAUAAUGGACAAAGAAAGCAUUCUAGCAGAUCCAUGCUGUAUGAUACUUUCUAAUAUGACUAGACCAUCACAUUUAGUAGAAAGAGUUAUAGCCCUCAUAGAAAAAAGUAGAUAUACAUGGGAUAGUAUUGUUGCAGCAUUCACUGCUAAACAGUACAAUAAUACUGGUGCUAAAUUGCAUCACUUGGGCUCAGUUUUUAGUAAUCUUAGUCAAUCUCAGAGUGUAAGAAGAUAUUUAAUGGAUAGAGACCGUAGCGUUAUCCAAAGAUUGCUUCCAUUCACAGAAUAUGCUGACAGUGUAGUAAGACGUAGCGGUAUUGUGGCUACAUUGAAAAAUUGUUGUUUUGAUCUAGAAAAUCAUGAGUGGCUAUUAGGUCCAGAAGUAGAUAUUUUGGCAUAUCUUUUGUUACCAUUGGCUGGGCCAGAAGAGUUCGACGACGAAGAUAACGAUAAGUUACCGAUUAACCUACAAUAUUUACCGGAAACAAAGAAACGGGAACCGGAUGUAAAUAUUAGGAUCAUGUUAUUGGAUGCAGUAACACAACUUUGUGCAACGAAGAAAGGCCGAGAAAUACUGAGAGAAAAAAAUACUUACGUAAUUCUCAGAGAAUAUCAUAAAUGGGAAGAAAAUGAAAAUGCUUUAACAGUUUGCGAAAAUCUUGUAAAUAUUUUAAUUAGAACCGAAGAAGAAAUUGGCGCCGACAAUUUGAAAGACUUGGAGGUUCCUGCGGAAUAUACAAAAAAAUUUCAUCAAAUGGAUGAACACAUUAUUAAUAGUACAUGACGAAAUGUUGGUGCAAUUUAUAUUUGACAUGAUUUUAUUAAUUUGUUGUCAUAAUGUACAGGUUACAAUAAAACAAUGCCUCACAGAAAUCGA